CGGAGUAUUAGGAGGGGGAGGUUGCCUAUCUUCACCUGUGGCUGCAAGUUCGGCCUCACAUAUCGACAAUAUGGACAAGAAAAUAUUCCAAUGGGAACGUGCAAUUGGAACGCGAACCUACCUCAUUUCCUCGGACCAGUCGCUUCUUCCUCAUAGCUUUGUCCAAGAGGCAUAUGCAACAGAUGCCGUAUUUUGGGCAAAGCCUCUCACGCCUGCAAAGCUGACAACUUUGCUUGAUAACAGCCUCACGCUCGGCGUCUUCGUGGUCUCGGAUGGAACCAAAACGGCUGUCGGCAUGGCACGCAUGAUAACUGACUACACGACGCUCGCCUACCUAACCGAUGUAUACCUCAUUCCCGAACACCAAGGCCAAGGAGUGGGCAAGUGGCUUAUCAGGUGCUGUCGCGAGAUUUGCAUGGAUAUGGAAGACCUCCGGUUCAUGGUGCUCCUGACGGGCAGCGAGCAGGCACAGGCAUUGUACAGAAAGGAAUUGGGCAUGGCCAAGUUGGAUGGCGGGGAGGUGGGAUUAACGUGUAUGGGCGCCCGGCGAACGGCACUCUUUGAGGCGGCAUCCGCGGGGUCCCCAAAGUAAAGCAGGACCGGGCGCAGGGCAGGGCGGAUGCUCGUGGCGCAUGUAGCUACCCACAAGCACCCAUGGAUGAUUGUGGCCAACGAUCGAGGGCGGUAGUGCAAGAAACGUGCGACGACGGUUGGGCUCGAAUCAUGGCAGGGAGUGUAGCUAGAUGAGGCCUAGAGCCGGGCCCUUUGCACAUGCAAGUCAGUGGGUUAGCGCCAAUGUCGCAAUGCAUUUUUCACCAUCACCA